AACAGAGGCAACAUGGCGGCGUCCAGUAACGCGGAGCAUUCUCCAGAGAUAUCGACGCCGUUAAAGAUACCGAAAACCGAGGUGCCAUCCCCCGAGUCGGAGGAUUUGAGUGACAGUAAUCAAUACCACUCCAAUCCCUCGACACCUAACCGUUUCUCGCCUUUGAACGUGGGCUCAGGGACCGCGGGCCGGACGGCGGCCUCAUCCUCCUCCAACAGCUUCACGGCUUGCCGGGGGAUGUCAUGGACCCCGUCGGAGACAAACGCUCUAAUCGCGGUCUGGGGCAACGAGAGGCUGACGGAGGCGAGGAUGCAGCAGCUCGAGGUCGCGGGCACUGUGUUCUCCGGUAAGGCCCCCGGUCCUGCCAUGUACGAGCGGGUGUCCAGAGCCUUGUCGGAGCUGGGAUACGAGAGGACCCCCUCCCAGUGCAGGGAGAGGAUGAAGACUCUCCGGCGCUGCUACAGCCGUGUGAAGGAGCACGGGAUCGGCAAAAGGAAGAGCAGCUACACUAUAGAGCAGCUGGAGAAGGUGUUUGGUCAGGGAGGCUGGGACUCCCAGAGCUGUGCCCCUGUGCUGAUCAACAGCAGUGGACUGUAUCAGGAGAUGGAGUCUGAUGGCAGCACCCUGGAAGACUUCUCCCAGGAGGACUGGUGCAACCAGGUGCUGGACUCAGCUUUCCAGGAGGGAGACAUGGAGACUGAAGAAAUCCAGGUGCCUAAAAACAGAGCUCUACAGAUUCAAGCAGAGCUGUCUGAACAAACCCAAAAAAGGGACAUGAUGCAGACUGUGAUGCGCAUCCUUGAGUCAGUGGAGCUGAAAUGGGAGCACUUCCAAACGUGGACUGAGUUCUCACGGCUGCACCUCUCCAACAAACUGGCCAUCUUUGGCGUGGGUUACAACACGCGUUGGCGUGAGGACGUGCGUUACCACUACGCUGAAAUCAGCUCACAGGUGCCGCUGGGCAAGAGGCUCCGCGAGUACUUCAACCCAGAGAAGCCAGAGGGCCGCAUCAUCAUGACCAAAGUUCAAAAGAUGAACUGGAAGAAUGUCUACUACAAGUUCCUGGACAUUACCAUUAGCGAGGCCCGCUGCCUGGAGCUGCACAUGGAGGUGGACUGGAUCCCUGUGUCCCAAUCCAGGGCAGCAGGCUGCAGCAAAGGCACAUCCCACUACCUCCUUCCUGGGGACAUCCCCAAGGCGUAUGGACUCUACGCUGUUGGCUAUGAGGCCAUGUUGUCCUCUAACUACACCGCUCAGACCUCUCCCCAGGGUGACAGUGAAGACCAUAGCUUACCUCAGUGCGAGACCGAAAACGGGGCUGAAAGUCAGGCUGAUGGAGAAGGAUCAGGGCAGGGUGACAGGACUGGAGCUAAAGUCACUUACUGCUACUUAGGCAUAGCUGAGGAUAGGACCAUACAGCAGUGUCUAUUCCAGCACUUUCAGGGUUCUGGCAAACACUACAUCCACAGUGAACCCUCCGCUGUGACCCAUUUCCUGCAGGAGAACUGCCGCGGUGGUGUCACAGGUCAGGAUGGCGAGUGGGGUGAAGACUCGGCUCAACGUUUUGCCAUUUACAUAAAAUUCAUUGAGGUGGAGCUGGACUUCCUCUCAGCAGGGUCCCUGGUGGAGUGCCUCGAAACUGCUGUGGGUUACUCCUUGAAAUACAACAACAAAGAAGCAUCAUAACAACACACUACAACAGUGUUACUCAUUUGUAUUCACUAAAUAUAAUUAACAAGUGUUACAGCCAGAAAGGCAACAUGAAAGGCGACCAAUUCUGUUACAAAGCAUGGAUGUGUGCAAGAGUCUGGCAUAUUUUUGCAGUCUUUUCAGCUCUUUUCAACACACUUUUCCUUAGAUCCUUAUAUAAAAAAGAAUGACUGUGCACAAUAUGUCAGAUAUAUUGUGUAGAAACAUGGGAACAGUAGCUUAACUAUUGCAGAAUUGCAACAUCCAAGAAGUAUGUACUUAUUAUUUUAGGCUAAUGUGCACUACAAAGGUUUCUGCUGCUUGUUUAGUGUAGAUAAAUAUUGCCUCAUCAGGGAGUGUGGGGUUGGCAAGGUGACUAUUGCAGUAUGCAUCUGUCUACCUCAGUAGGAUGUAGCAAACAAGGCAGCGAGGGGACCAUAGUGUGUAUUUAUUCUUAAACUGCCUUUACUUUGACUGUUGAGGUCUGGACCUGAAUUCGCAAAGCGUCUAAGAGUAACAGUGAUUUAUGUCUUGUGUUUUGCACGUGUAACUGGACUGCAGCUAGAGAUGCCUCUAUGCAAACUAGAGACAAAAAGCAAAUAAUCAGUAAUGGCCAGCGUGGAUAGCUGUUUAUCCAGCAGUGUGAAUACUCCGAUGCACUCUGUGACCCGACCGGCACGGUAGCGCUUUGUGCCAGCUGGGUGUGGUUUUCACUCCACAUAUCAGCUCAGCACGUGAAACAACACGUCGCUUUUACCCAUCCAGUGACGAUGGCGCUCUGCAGCAAGUAAACACAGACUAAUGAAAACAUUUUUCACACAGCUUGUUAUGGCUGAAUCCAAAUGUCUUUGCAACAGUUAGAAUCUAUGAAAAGAUUAAAUUAAAGUCACAGCAGCUGCUGCUAUUUGAUUAUCAGCUGCUGCCUGCACUCAUAUUUAAAUGUUUACCGCUCUUGCACUUAUGUUAAAAAACGCAGUGUGACCACAUGGAGCAUGUGUGUGCUUAGCUCUCUUACUAAUCCUGUUGCAUGAUCUUUUAUAGCUCUAAUGCACAUUACUAUGAUUGAUUAUGUUGGUUAGGAUUCAGAGUUUUGCUCCUGCACAAGCAAAAUCUAUUGCACAUAACACUGAAAUAUGACUUUGCUAAAUACUCUGAAAUAUCACCAGGUCAGUAAAGUCAUUAUUAAUCUACUUCUUAUGUGUUUCUGGUGUCACACUAUCAGCCAAAAUGAGAAUCACUGACAAUACACUGGAGAGCCAAUGGUAAUGUAUUUGUGGCCAGCGCUUUGGAGCAUCUCUAGCUGCAGUUGUGGGGUUGUGUGUAUCAGUGUAUUGCUGUUGCAGCCUUGCAGAUACUGGUAUUUCAAAUGCAUCAGUCUCGCAGAUGACACAUAAUCAGCAGGUAUUUGUGAUAAUCUGCUUGCAUGCAGGUAUAAACCAGGCCUAUGAGCACUGAUCUAUGACUUCUAGUCAGGUCAAGACUAUAAGCUGCAGAGGUUAACUCACUUUUGACCAAUAAUCAAACUGAAUUCUUUAUGAACAUGAUUCCUAAGGUUAUGUGCAAUGUGCCAGGAAAGACUGUGUAGAGAAAAAUCAAACAAAUGGAGAACUCCAUAUUGAGUCUGUGUAUAUGAAAUCUACCUUAUAUAUAUAUCUAAAAUAUAUAUUUAAGAAUAUCAAUGUUCUUUAGCAUUCCGGCUUUUGCAAAACUUGCAAUGUUCAUUUGUUUGGGUAUACAGUAUAUAAAGAUAAAUAUGAUAUUUUCUAUUUUAUUGGUUGACACAAUGUCUUGUAUGUGAUUGUUUUGAAGUCACCGUCUUGUAUGUUUACAUGUUUGAAAAAACAAUAAAUGGGGCACUCACUGUCAUUUGCCACACGGUGGA